AUGUGGCUAUAUAGCGCAACCGUAUUCAUUGCUUUUGCUUAUUCGGUAUGUUCAAGUAACUUGCUGAACGCCAAAAAACGAUGUAAACAGAAUGGAAAUAAUAUAACUGUUACAAGUCAUCAUCGCCGUUAUCACUUAUCAGCAGAUGAUAAAGAAGAGAUACAAGUUCCGAUGAAAAUACCUAAGUUAUCGAGGAUGCAAAAAAUAGCACUAAUUAUUGAGUCGGGACAAAAUCCGUUCGAAAAAAAGCGAAAGCGAAAAGAGAAAGGAAAGAGGCGCUUAAGGAAGCUACGGAAUGUGCAACGAUAUCCGAAUAAUGCAUAUUUGUUGUUGGAUGAUAGUGAUGGAGAAGAAUCACGCUGGGAUAUGAAUAGGCAUGAUGAAAUACAGCAACAAGGACAACAACAACAACAACAACGACAACAACAAAAAUCUAAUGGAUUUCAAAAUCAUCGCUGGGAAAUAGAAGUGGAAACAACAACACCGUUGAUCAAAGCUGAAUGGGAAACAGUAAAGGAGCCAUAUGAUAGUGAUAACUAUUGGAGGACCUCAACAUCGCGGUAUUGGGAUACGACAACACAAUCGUAUUGGAAAGAAACCUCUCCAAAAUAUUGGGAUAUCGCCACAUCGCGUUAUUGGCAAACAACUACCAAUGAUCCGUUUUGGCAACAAAUUGUGGAAACAGGAACAACAGCAGCACCUACCACGUAUACUACUAUUACUCCAACAUCAGUUCAUGAAGUAGCAUCGGAUACUACCGAGGACCUUAUUUGGGGACAAUUGUUCAUUGUAACACCAACUCCACCAGCUCCAAAAUUGCAUCAACCGCUUGCACUACCUGUGGAAAUCUGUCCGCACCGUUUUGAUGCUGUUACACGUGCGUUUAACGGUCGAACUUAUGUAUUUGCUCGUGAUCGUGUAUAUCAACUUUGGAGGUACGAUAAUUUACAUCAGAAGGCAUCAUUUCUCAUCAAUGAGAUGUUCCCAGAUGGCCCACGUACGGUUACAGUUGCUUACACUAAUAGUAGAAGUGGCAUUACCGUACUUAUUGAACAUCAAACUGUCUAUCGAUAUCGAUGGAAUCGAAAGAAUAAAGUUUUCUACCUUGCGCGGAAGAGUCCCCAAGAGUUAACAAGAAAAAUGCCAAUAUAUCCCCGUGUAGGAUUUCAAUGGGUCGAUGGUAAUCAAGUCAUUAUUGACGGUGAAAAAUUUGCAACAUAUGAUGCAUAUUGGAAUGUGGUAACAUUUACCGGUUUGACUGCAAAUUAUUUUCCACAAUUUCCACAGGAUUUAAUUGGAUUAACUUAUCAGAACAAUACGCUAUUUAUUCUUUAUACAGCUUCCAAUAAAAUUCAGAUCUAUGAUACGGGAAAAUACCGAGUCAUACAAGAAUAUCCCAUUCAAAUUAACGAAUUUGUCGGUUGCUUCAAUGGUUGA